CAUCAUUUGUCUGAUCCCAUAAUUUUAAGCGAAAUCGUUGAAUUACUUGUCAUAGUAUUGGCAUAUAGACUUUUACAAAAUAUUUCUUUUCAAGAGUUUUACGAAUUUGUUGGGGGCUACAAUUCAUCUUUGUUACAAAGAACUCAAUAUCAUCAGUCAUCUCCUUUGUGA